GCAGGGCGGGGAGGGGAGCUCGGGAGAGAGCCCGGGGCUGAGUCACUGGGCGCCGGCCGCGGCGGCGCCGGCGGGAAGGUCUUCCGAGUCGGGGGCGACGAGCAGGGAAGCCGAUGACCGUCGUUCGCCGGCCGGACGGCCGGAGCCCGGGCGUGCCCUCAGCUCCCGGCAAGGGCUGCAGCCAAAGUCGGGGCAGACCUCACUCCCGCCAGGCCCGACGAGGCGGAGAGAGUCACCGAGUGCAGAGACUCAUUUCCCUUCAAUGCUGCUAGCCGACGACCCGACUGGCCCCCGGCGGUCAGACGCUCGGAAAGGGCCACCCCCUCCUCUCGUCCAUUCAUUUUUUUCACUUUUGAUUCAGCAUCAUUCACUGAUGGGCUGGGAUCACGACCUGAAGCGCCCGCGGUCGGUGGGGAAAGGGCUCCUGACUCUCCUCGCAGGGCGAUAAGUGCUGUCCUAGCGCUAUCAGUAGGGCGCCGCGCCAACUCUGAGGGCCUGUCUAAAUUCGUCAGCCUGUCCCUUCCCCCACUGCCCUUGCUGGCCGAGAGAGGGUAGGGUGGGGUGGAGCCGAGGGAGGCCGCAAUGGGGACCCUGAGAGGUGAGACUCUCUCACCUUCUGAGUGGGGAGUUCAAUUUUAGAGCUCAGAGCUUGCCCAGAACCCCCUGCCCCUGCCCCCAUUGAGGACAGAGGCAGCCCCCCGCCCUCCAAGUGAGCUGUGCACGUGUGGAUGUCGUUCCUGCAGCCCCUCUUCCAGGCCCCCUCCCCAGUCCUGCAGGACUCAGGUUACCCCUGGCCUUUCCUAAAGGGCACUCGUUCCUCUUUAACCUUUGCAAAAGAGGAAUAUAAUCCUGGGGAGAGGAGAGCCCCUCCCCUGUUUCUCCCCAGGAGUGGAAUUAAAAAUAAGGACUUUUAUUGGGGAACAGAAAGGAGGGGGUAGUCAUUGAUCUUUUGGGAAGGGGGCAGGUGUCUAGGGCCAAAGGCUUCUGUUUUAGGCUAUAGUGGGCACUUGGCUGCCAGCUGGGCUGGAGGGGGAGAUGGAGAGGGUGAGAGGCGGGGCUGGCUGGGGUACAGGGUGGCUGGAGGAUAAAUGCCCAGCCUGAGAGGGGGUGAGCUGACACUGUCCCAGCUGCCACCUAGACUCAGGAGCCCAGCGAAGAAAUCCCAGCCAUGGCCAUGCAGAAAAUCUUUGCCCGAGAAAUCCUGGACUCCAGGGGCAACCCCACAGUGGAGGUGGACCUGCACACGGCCAAGGGCCGAUUCCGAGCAGCUGUGCCCAGUGGAGCUUCCACAGGUAUCUAUGAAGCUCUGGAACUAAGAGAUGGAGACAAAUCUCGCUACCUGGGGAAAGGGGUCCUGAAGGCCGUGGAACAUAUCAAUAAGACUCUAGGCCCCGCACUGCUGGAAAAGAAACUAAGCGUGGUGGAUCAAGAAAAAGUUGACAAAUUUAUGAUUGAGCUGGAUGGGACAGAGAAUAAGUCCAAGUUUGGGGCCAAUGCCAUCCUGGGUGUGUCCCUGGCCGUGUGCAAGGCCGGAGCAGCUGAGAAGGGGGUCCCACUCUACCGACACAUUGCAGAUCUCGCCGGGAACCCAGACCUGAUCCUCCCAGUCCCUGCCUUCAAUGUGAUCAACGGGGGCUCCCAUGCUGGAAACAAGCUGGCCAUGCAGGAGUUCAUGAUCCUGCCCGUGGGAGCCAGAUCCUUCAGGGAAGCCAUGCGCAUCGGUGCCGAGGUCUACCACCACCUCAAGGGGGUCAUCAAGGCCAAGUAUGGGAAGGACGCCACCAAUGUGGGUGAUGAGGGCGGCUUUGCACCCAACAUCCUGGAGAACAAUGAAGCCCUGGAGCUGCUGAAGACCGCCAUCCAGGCGGCUGGUUACCCCGACAAGGUGGUGAUUGGCAUGGAUGUGGCAGCGUCUGAGUUCUAUCGCCACGGAAAGUAUGAUCUUGACUUCAAGUCACCUGAUGACCCCGCACGGCACAUCACUGGGGAGAAGCUGGGGGAGCUGUAUAAGAGCUUCAUCAAGAACUAUCCUGUGGUCUCCAUCGAGGACCCUUUUGACCAGGAUGACUGGGCUACCUGGACCUCAUUCCUCUCGGGGGUCAACAUCCAGAUCGUGGGGGAUGACCUCACAGUCACCAACCCCAAGAGGAUUAGCCAGGCCAUUGAGAAGAAGGCCUGCAACUGCCUGCUGCUGAAGGUCAACCAGAUCGGCUCAGUGACCGAAUCCAUCCAGGCCUGCAAACUGGCUCAGUCUAACGGCUGGGGGGUGAUGGUGAGCCACCGCUCCGGGGAAACCGAGGACACGUUCAUCGCUGACCUCGUGGUUGGGCUCUGCACAGGACAGAUCAAGACUGGUGCCCCCUGCCGCUCAGAGCGUCUGGCCAAAUACAAUCAGCUCAUGAGGUACAGUGGGUGCAGUAGGCCUGGGUGUAAGGAGCUGAGGGCUCUUGGGUUGGAAUAUCACAGCCCUGACUUUGUCUGCCUUCCAGGAUUGAGGAGGCUCUCGGGGACAAGGCUGUUUUUGCUGGACACAAGUUCCGUAACCCAAAGGCCAAGUGAGAAGCUGGAGGCCCCAGGAUUCCACGGGACAGAUCUAGGCCUUCAAGCCCUUCCUCCUGAAAUAAACACUGAUGCCAACCAAGGCAGUGGCCUGCUCGUUUGUGGGAGGGAGGGAGGAGACGCUGGCCUCUGGGCUGGAUGAGACAGGAGGUGAAGAAGUAGGGGCAGGAAGGGAAAACGGACAGGGAACCUGCUGGGACAAGGAGGAAGUGAGGGACUGGC